AUGCGUCCUAUCGAUGUGACUCCAGCGAUUGCGGAAAAACUUCUGAGUACUGUGUACAGCAACGUAAAAAUUGCAGCGCCUGCUAAAUUCAAAGUUGGUGACCAUGUACGUGUCAGCAAAUUCAAGACUGACUUCGAGAAAGGUUAUACACCGAACUGGACAACUGAGGUGUUUAAAAUUGUGAAGGUACAGCGUACUAAUCCGGUCACUUAUCUGCUGGAAGAUUCUCGUGGAAAGUUUAUCGCAGGAGUAUUUUACGAAUAUGAGUUGCGUAGCGUUGCUAAUCCUGACGUGUACCUUGUGGAAAAAGUGUUGCGCAAGAAAGGUGACAAGGUUUAUGUGAAAUGGUUAGGAUUUGACAAUUCAUAUAAUUCAUGGAUAAACAGGGAUAAUGUGUUGUAAAAAAUAAGUUUUAUUAUAACCUUU